AUGUAUUUGUCGAAUUCAAGUGUGAAGGACCCCAAAUGUGAGAUCUGUGUGUUUGCUGUGACUGAGGCUCGUAAAUUCCUCAAGGACAAUGCUACAAAGGCACAGUUGACAGAGUUCCUUGAGAAAGGCUGCGCCCUCUUGCCUGAUGAGAAACUGAAGAAAGAGUGUGACGACAUGGUGAAGGAGUAUUUACCAGAGAUUUUACAGCUUCUCUCCAGUGAACUCGACCCCAAAGCCGUGUGUGCAGCUAUAGGGAUGUGUACUGCUGAGCUCACCAAAGACCCGGAAUCACAACCUCCAAUCACAACCACAUCUUCCCAACCUGACCUGUGCGCCGACUGUACCAAGUUUAUAAAGGAUGUGGAGACCAUUCUCAAUGAGAACCAGACUGUGGCUCAGAUUGAGGAGAAUCUGGACGUCCUGUGUGCUCAUAUGGGGCCACUGGAAGAUAUGUGCAAGAAGUUGGUAGCUCAGUAUGUUCCGUUGUUCCUGGAUAUGCUGUCUUCAGAAUUUAAUCCAGGUGUGAUAUGCCGUAUCCUUGGAUUGUGCAAAUCUGGGAACGUCAAAGAUGCUAUGGAGUUCCGGCUGAAAUUCCUAGAGCUGGUUAAACACAUUCCCAUGACAAAUGACAUUAAUGGCCCAGAGGAAUGUAAUAUUUGCAAAACUGUGAUGACGGAGAUACAGGCAUUGGACCGGGACGCCAAGACCCAGAUUGAAGUGGAGAACCUGCUGAUACAGAACAUCUGUCCUUUGUUUGGCCAGAUGAAGACUGAGUGCGAGCAGUUGAUUCAUGAUUAUGCCCCCUUGGUCUUUGAGUAUCUUGCAAAUGAACUGGAUCCUAAUGUGGCAUGUAAGGCUCUACACCUGUGCCCUGCUGUUCAGCGACCGCACCGACGCAUCACAGCUGUCAGUGUGGCCACACCCAAACUUGCCGUCAGUAUUCGUAAACCUCUGAAGAAAGUCCGCGCCUCAACUGAGUGUUUGCUGUGCGAGUUCGUGCUCAAAGAGCUGGAUUCUUUGCUAAUGGAGAACUCCACCAGGGAGGAAGUGACCCGUGCCCUGGAUGCAGUGUGUGCCCGUCUGCCUGACACGAUCAGGGUUGAAUGCAAGUCAUUUGUGGAUUCAGUAUGCCUCUGCGGUGAUCGCGCUGCUAGUGGCUGACCUGGACCCUUCUCAAGUGUGCAGGACUCUGGGUUUCUGCAGCAGGCAGGUGGUUCAGCAGGCAAAACUCAGCCCAAUCAAAGAUGGAGCCUGUGAGGUCCUGUAAGCUGGUUGUUCAGUACAUUGACAGCCUGCUGAAGGACAAUGCCACUGAACAGGAUAUCAUGGAUCUGUUGGACAAGAUUUGCAACUUCUUACCUGACACUUAAAAACUCAGGUAAGUCGCUCUCUUGAA